GACCAAGAUAUAAAUAAACGGAAUUUCAUUACAUCAGAUUAUUAGUAUCGAACAACCCAUUAAGAACUGUUCUAUAGUUUCAUUAAAAAGUAUUAAUUAAAAUAACGCUUUAAGCAAUCGAAACGUUAAUGCAGUCAUUGCAUUUGCACUGAACGAAACGACGACCACUGCUAACAAUGCAGCUCAGUUGAAAUCAACAAAGAUUGUCACAACAAUCGCGGUCUCACAUUACUAAACUCAGUAAAUAUCCCGUCGAAUUUUUAAACAUACGCGUUCAGUGACGGCCUUACACUCGUUGACCUUAGUAGCUUGAUAACGUGACGACUGAUCAGUUUUGUAAACGCGGCCGGCGCAACCACACGCAUCAAAAUGUCAGAACAGACAGAAUCAGCUUCUCCCACGCUAUGGGAGGAACUAAUGAGCCCUCUAAACCUUGUGUUAAUAGCUAUCAUUGUGUACCUCGUGUAUAAAAUUAUUAAAUCAAACUUUGAAUCUGAAGUGACCGUGGCAGCGCCUCCUCCAAGUCUACCAAAACUAAGGAAGGAUUUGACAGUUGCUGAGAUCAAGAAGUAUGACGGAACACAGCCGGACGGCAGGGUACUGCUCGCUGUAAACGGAACAAUUUUCGAUGUAACCAAGGGCAAGAGAUUUUACGGUCCCGGUGGACCGUACUCAGCUUUUGCUGGUAAAGAUGCCACUAGGGGCUUAGCUACCGGUCAGGUAGCUGCCUCCGACAAGGAAUACGAUGACGUUAGUGACCUGACUCCUGAUGAAGUAGCAUCUGCAAAGGAGUGGGAGGAACAGUUCAGGGAGAAAUACGACAUUGUGGGCCGCCUCCUGAAGCCUGGUGAGACACCAAACAAAUACAGUGAUGACGAGUCUGAAGAGAAAAAAUCACAGUAGACUAGACAGAAUAUUAUAUUAUAAUAACUAAACUUGUUAAAACGUGAUGUUUUGAUGGAUUCCGGUGCCUAGGGAAAUGUUUAAAAUGUUAAUAAAAUAUUUUUUCUAACGUACGCCAUUUUUAUUU